AACAUUGCUAAACUGCGAACGCUAACUAAUAGUUGAUUUCUUCUCAAAAGUAUAUUUGAUAGUUUACAACAAGCUGUUAUUCUAAGACUAAACGUUUCAUUAUACUUUAGUAUUUUCAAGACUUUUAUCUGAAAGUAAACAUAAAGAAAACGAUGUAUAAUGUAAUGGGAAAUACAGUGAAAUGCCUCUUAUUUUUAUCAGGUGUUUUGAAAAUAGAUGCAAAAUCUUUAAGAGGAAGACUUGAUAUCGUUGAGAAAAGAAUGAGCGUUGUUGAAUCACGAGUAAGUGCUGACAACGAACUGGCAAAAGAAAUGUUUGUGUCAUUGCAACAAAAUUUCGAUGAAUUUAACAAUUCUAUGUUAAAUUUCAAGGAUCAAAUGUGUCCCAUAAUGAAUAAACAGACAGGAAAAAAGGAGCAAAGCAAUUCUGCAAAACGUGUUGAACAUCUAAAGUCAAGCCAGGUGCUGGUACUAUUAGGACUUAAAAGAGAGAAACAAUGGACAAGAAAUCAAAUGAAAAAUCUUACUAUUCAGUUAACAGAGCAUUCAGCUCAGUUAGAAAAACACUUUGAAAACCUAACCGAUCAGAUUCAUUUACAAAAUGACCAGUUAACUAAAAGUUACUCGAAGUUCAAAAUUGAGAUGACAGGCAAAAGUGAAAUGGAGAAAAAAUGGACAAGAAAUCAAGUGGAAAAACUUACGGGUCUAGUGAAUGAACAAACUGAUCUGCUAGAUCAGAACUUCUCAGAGCUUAAAAAUGAACUCAAAAAUGACAAAGAAGAAAUCGAAAGCAAUCUAGAAGUGAUCAAUGCAAAAAUUGAUGACAAAAUCCAAACAAAACUGAGCAAACUGGACGAAAUAAUCACAAAUAAUGUUAAAGAUAUCAAGGAAGUGUCUGCAAAAAUUGAUGACAAAUUCCAAACAAAACUGAGCAAACUGGACGAAAUAAUCACAAAUAAUGUUAAAGAUAUGAACGAAGUGUCUCUAAAGAGUGACACCACAGAGAAGUUGAUAAGUAGACAGCAGAGAGAAAUAGAAGCUUUAAAAGAAACUCAAGCUAAACUUUUAAAUGUUUUAAUAAACUAUAAAUGUCCAUCGGACUGGACAAAAUAUUCAUCGUAUUGUUAUUUGUUUGUUGACGAGGAGAAAACGUUCAGUGAAGCUCGUGCCCAUUGUAAGCGUCUAGGAGCAACCUUGCCAGACAUUGAAAAUGAAGCAGAGAAUACUUUUAUCCACGGGUUAAUAGGACAUCGUUCUCGGGGUAUUUGGAUCGGUUAUUCUGACGAGAAGGAAGAAGGUACUUGGAUAUCAGAAAGAACUGGUCAACCUGCAUCAUUCACAAACUUUCAUACCGGUCAACCCAAUGGAGGUACUCGUGAGAAUUGUGCUUAUAUGGAAACGUUUUACCCCAGCAGUCUAUGGGGUGACGGUAUAUGUGACUUUAACGGCACUUUUGUUUGUAAAAAAGAUGCCAAGAUGGAUAUUAAGUUUUGAACAUCAGUACAUAUGUUUGUUUCAAGGCUAAGGCUUAUUGAACCUUUUUGGUCAUUAAAAAGCUUUUUUAGUUUAACUUAUUGUACAGUUAUAACAUGUAUGACUUUACAAUCUUGCUAGUCUGAAUCAACGUAAAAAUAUAACUUGUAUGUUUAAAUUAUAAUACCAGUUUCAAUCAUUGUACAACUUUUAGCACUGAAUUAUAUAAUCUUAGUCUGUAACAUUGUGCAAUAAUAACUUGUAUGACUAAAUUAUAAUGCUAGUUUAUAUCGAUGUACAUUUAUUACCCGUAUAAAUAAAUUAUAAUACCAUUUUGAAUCAUUGUGCAACUUUUAGCACUGAAUUUUAUAAUGUUAGUCUGUAACAUCGUGCAAUAAUAACUUGUAUGACUAAAUUAUAAUACCAGUUUAUAUCGAUGUACAAUUAUAAGCUGUAUGACUAAAUUAUAAUGUUAGUUUGUAUCAUUGUACAAUAUAAGCUGUAUGACUAAAUUAUAAUGCUAGUUUAUAUCGAUGUACAUUUAUAAGAUGUAUGACUAAAUUAUAAUGUUAGUUUGUAUCAUUGUACAAUUAUAAGCUGUAUGACUAAAUUAUAAUGUUAGUUUAUAUCAAUGUAAAAUUAUCAGCUGUAUGACUAAAUUAUAAUGUUAGUUUAUAUCAUUGUAAAAUUUUAACUUGUGUGACCGAGUCUUUGUUCAUUCAUUUUCAGUCAUUACAUGUAUAUGUCUCUUUGACUUGUAAUGAGAAAACUUUUUCAUUUUCUACCGUUGGUAUCAUUAAAACAGCUCAAUUAUUUAAAGACAUGUACAUGUAUAGGUUUUAUCAAUAAAUGAAUCCGGAUUGUGAAAAAGUCAAAAUUUCAUUCGACAAGGCCUGUGUUCGCGGGCAGCUUAUUGUACUUUUCUCAGUGCUUAAUAUUUAAAGAUCCUGUAACACAAUUUUUUCAUGGUUUUAUUUUAUAAAUAUGAUGCUCAAAUUAAGAUUUGUCAAUAUUGUAAGUUCCAAUAAGCAUUAUUUAUAAAGAUGUUACCGAAUUUAACAUUUCAUAUAAGUAAAGAGAGGUAAUUAGAAAUUGAUUUUCUAUAAAUUCUAAGUCAAAUUUUCCAAUAAGAAAUUAAUGCAUAUAACUUAUUAAUUAAAUAUAAUGUGCACAAAUAUUUGGAGUACAAAUUUUACAUAUUCUUCAAUGUUUGACAAUUGUUUUAUUUGCAUAAUUAUUUACAUAUUUAAUUUUUUGCAAGUGUGGUACACACACAGUAGCAAGAUCAAUCGCAAAACAUACAGGAUCUUUAAGUAAAAGGAACGUAGCAAAGGGGCAUAAUUCUGCAAUGUGUGAAUGCAUUUAAUUUUUGUAUAGAUAUUGUCAAGUUCGAAAAAACACCUCAUUUGUAACACGCUUUAUGGAAAUAAAGAUAUAAAAUGAG